AUGGCCGACCAACUCAACAUGGGUGCCCUCAACCUUGGGCCCGAAGGCGCCCCAGGUGCUUCUGCCCCUGGUGGACGAUCCUACAUCCCGCCUCACAUGCGAUCCCGCCCCGGUGGUCCUCCUGUCAACGGUACUGGACCUGCUCCCGGUCCUACUCCCGCUGAUGCUGCUGCGGCUGGUGCCGGUCCUCUUCCUGGUGCUCCUGGUCCUGGACCCCAGGGACCUAACGGCCUUGGAAACAGUGCCUGGGCUAACCAGAACUACGGUGCUCGCCAGUCCAACUGGAGCAACGACGUCCCUACCUACAAUAACAACGCUCCCAGCGCCGGCGGUCGUGGUGGCAGUUGGGGCGGCCGAGGUGGUGGUUACUCCCGCGGCGGUGGUAACUUCGAGGGCGGCGGUGGUCACGCUGGCGGUGGCGGUGGCGGCAACUACACUGCCCGUGGCUCCGGUGACGGACAGUGGCGCGAUGGAAAGCACGUUCCCGGCCCUGCUAACCCCCGUGUCGAGCGCGAGCUCUUCGGUACCCCCGACGAUCCUUCCAAGCAACACACCGGUAUCAACUUCGAGAAGUACGACGACAUCCCUGUCGAGGCUUCUGGCACAGAUGUCCCCGAGGCCGUCACCCAGUUCUCCACACCUCCCCUGGAUGAGCACCUUUGCCGCAACAUCGAGCUGGCUCACUACAAGGUCCCCACCCCUGUCCAGAAGUACUCUAUCCCCAUUGUCAUGGGCGGUCGUGAUCUCAUGGCUUGUGCCCAGACUGGUUCUGGAAAGACUGGUGGUUUUCUCUUCCCCAUCCUCUCGCAGGCAUUCAUCAACGGCCCUUCUGCCGUCCCCGCCGGCGCCGCCGGUCAGUUUGGCCGUCAGCGCAAGGCUUAUCCCACUUCCCUGAUUCUCGCUCCCACCCGAGAACUUGUCUCCCAAAUCUACGAGGAGUCCCGAAAGUUUGCCUACCGAUCUUGGGUCCGACCUUGCGUCGUCUACGGUGGUGCCGAUAUUGGUUCUCAGCUCCGACAGAUUGAGCGUGGCUGCGAUCUUCUCGUUGCUACCCCCGGUCGAUUGGUCGAUCUCAUAGAGCGAGGUCGCAUCUCCCUCUGCAACAUCAAGUACCUUGUCCUUGACGAGGCCGAUCGCAUGCUUGACAUGGGUUUCGAGCCCCAAAUUCGCCGCAUUGUUGAGGGCGAGGAUAUGCCCGGUGUUCAGGACCGCCAGACUCUGAUGUUCUCGGCCACCUUCCCCCGCGACAUCCAGAUGCUUGCCCGCGAUUUCCUCAAGGAUUACGUCUUCCUUUCCGUUGGUCGUGUCGGUUCCACUUCUGAGAACAUUACUCAGAAGGUUGAGUACGUCGAGGACGUCGACAAGCGCUCCGUGCUGCUUGAUAUCCUCCACACCCACGCUGGUGGCUUGACCCUCAUUUUCGUCGAGACCAAGCGCAUGGCCGACUCUCUCUCCGAUUUCCUCAUCAACCAGAGUUUCCCUGCCACUUCUAUUCACGGAGACCGAACUCAGCGCGAGCGUGAGCGUGCCCUGGAGUUCUUCCGCAACGGUCGUUGCCCCAUCCUGGUCGCUACUGCGGUCGCUGCUCGUGGUCUCGAUAUUCCCAACGUCACCCACGUUGUCAACUACGAUCUUCCCACCGACAUUGACGAUUACGUCCACCGAAUUGGUCGUACUGGUCGUGCUGGCAACACUGGUAUUGCCACUGCCUUCUUCAACCGUGGCAACCGUGGCGUCGUCCGCGAGCUCCUCGAGCUUCUCAAGGAGGCCAACCAGGAGGUUCCCGCUUUCCUCGAGACUAUUGCCCGUGAGUCGUCCUUCGGCGGCGGUGGCCGUGGUGGCGGCCGCUCUCGUGGUGGAGGUGGCCGAGGUGGUAGUGCCAACCGUGAUUUCCGCAAGUUCGGCGGUGGUGGUGGUGGCGGCUUCGGCGGCGGUGGUGGUGGCUUCAACGGUCCUUCUGGCGGAUCUGGUGGCUACGGCGGCUCCGGCGGUGGCUACGGCGGUGCUCCUCAGGGCGGCUCCGGCGGCUACAGCUCCGGCGGCGGUGGCGGCUAUGGUGGUGGUGGUGGUGGCUACGGCGGCGGCGGUGGUGGUAGCUACGGCAACCCCGGCGGCCCCGGUGGCCAGUCCUCUUGGUGGUAA